UCCUUGCAGCCUACAGCCUGUCGACCCCUCCUCCACCUGCUGCUGCUCCCCCCUCCCAUCAAAAGGAUGGGGGGGGUUUCCACCUGGAGACGUACCUCACAGAGCCACGCCGUCCAGAGACCAGGAGGCUGCGCUCCUACUCCUUGCCUCAUGACUGCGGAUGGCGGGCCUCCCGCCUGGCCUCCCUCUCCUUCGCCUCCUGCAGCCAACCACCUCCUCAGUCUCUGCCUCCACCUGCGUCUCCUCCCAUCAGCAGCCAGGUCGAGGCUCCAGGCGACAUGUUGGAUCCAUCGGAUCAACCUGAUCCUGCUGAUGGCGCGUCCAAAGAGUCGGAGAGGGACAUCUACAUGCGCUUCAUGAAGUGCCACAAAUGCUACGACCUCAUCCCCACCAGCUCCAAACUGGUGGUGUUCGACACCACCCUGCAGGUGAAGAAGGCCUUCUUCGCUCUGGUUGCUAACGGAGUGAGGGCGGCGCCUCUGUGGGAGAGCAAGAAGCAAAGCUUUGUGGGGAUGCUGACCAUCACUGACUUCAUCAACAUCCUCACCAGAUACUACAAGUCACCCAUGGUGCAGAUCUAUGAGCUGGAGGAGCAUAAGAUUGAGACGUGGAGAGAGCUGUACCUGCAGGAGACCUUUAAACCUCUAGUCCACAUCUCACCUGAUGCCAGUGUGUUCGAAGCGGUUCAUUCUCUAAUAAAGAGCAAGAUCCAUCGACUUCCGGUCAUUGACCCGGUCAGCGGCAACGCUCUCUACAUCCUGACGCACAAGCGGAUCCUGAAGUUCCUGCAGCUCUUUGUGUGUGAGAUGCCAAUGCCAGCCUUCAUGAAGCAGACUUUGGAGGAACUUGGAGUUGGAACGUACUCAAACAUCGCCUACAUCCACCCUGACACCCCGCUCAUCACGGCCCUGUCCGUAUUCACACAUCGCCGAGUCUCGGCGCUGCCUGUCGUAGAUGAUAAUGGGAAGGUGGUGGAUAUCUACUCCAAGUUUGACGUCAUUAACUUGGCAGCCGAGAAGACCUACAACAAUCUGGACAUGACGGUCACCCAGGCUCUCAGACACAGGUCACAGUACUUUGAAGGCGUCAUGAAGUGCAACAAACUGGAAACCCUGGAGACCAUCGUGGACCGGAUCGUGAAGGCAGAGGUCCACAGGCUGGUCGUUGUCGAUGACGAGUCUCGUAUUGUCGGCAUUGUGUCUCUAUCGGACAUCCUGCAAGCGCUGAUCCUGAUGCCUGCUGGUCUGGGGAGGAAGGAGUCCAUCCCCUGUCAUCCCGGAGACCUGGAUUCUGCCCAGCCAGAGGCAGCCGGUCCAACCGGGCCGGACCAAGACCCGGGUCUGGAGCAGGAGACGGACAGCACACUGGCUGAGGGGCUGGGAGGAAACCCAGAACCUGAAGCAGACCAAGACCAGGACCAGGGAGGGAACGCUGAGAUGAUCGAUGAAAGCCCACCUGAAUCGGACCAGAGCCAGGAACCAGAAGGGACCUCAGAGGUCCCCUGCAGGGAGGAAGGGACCUCAGAGGACCCCGGCAGGGAGGAAGGGACCUCAGAGGACCCCUGCAGGGAGGAAGGGACCUCAGAGGACCCCGGCAGGGAGGAAGGGACCUCAGAGGACCGCAGGCAGAGCCAGAGCGAGGGGGAGAAUGAGGGGGAGGCAGAGGGGGAGAAUGUAGGGGAGGGGGAGGGAGAGGAUGAGGGGGAGGCAGAGGAUGAGGGGGAGGCAGAGGGGGAGAUUGGAGGGGAGGGGGAAAGGGGUGAUGAAGGGGAGGCAGCCCAGAAGGGGGAAAUUGUAGAGGGGGACGUAAAGUGGAAAGAUGAGGGGGAGAUUAUAGGGGAGGGGAAGGGGGAGGAUGAGGGGAAAGGGGAGGGGGAGGCAGACCAGGAGGGGGAGAUUUUCAGGGAGGAGGGGAGCUACUGCAGACUUGGUCAGACAGCUGCAGUGGUCACCAAACAUGCCAUCCACAUCCACAGCAACAAGAAGAGUAUCAGCAUCAACUUCCCCCUCUGCAGCCAGCCCUGCCUCAAGCACUCCAUCCACAGCCACAAUGCCAGUGAGACCACCUCGCUCAAAAAGAAAGAGAUGUCAGGGUUACCUGUAGAGUACCACAAGGAUCAGCGCUAG